AUGAGACGAAGACAGAUCCUCUCAUUACCCCUCUUCACCACCUCCCUCCUCCUCUUCCUGCCCGCAGUCGCCGCCGAGCCGCAGCCCUUCCUCCCAGCCGAGACAGCCACACCCACGGUGGGAGGCCGGCUCCGAGCCGCACACCCGGUCCACGAGCUCCUCGCCCGCCAGACGGACACGGACGGCUGCAUCGCGGGGACGAGCAGCUGCGCGGACCAAGGGUCCGCCUUCGCCGGGAUCUGCUGCGCCGACGGGCAGCGGUGCGCCCUCGACGCCGACAACUCCCCGGCGUGCUGCCCCGCCGGCGCCGUGUGCACGGGGACCGCGCCCUCGAGCUUCCGGCCCCCGACCACCACCGCCGUUAGCUACGUGCCCAACGCCUACUUCAGCUUCCCCUACAUCGCGACGAGCUUCUCCAACGCGGGCGCCUGCUCCCGCGCCGUCUCGCAGUGCAGCGCCAACUACGAGGCCUGCACGGCGGACCUCGAGGGCGGCGGCGGCGGCGGCGCCGUCACGAUCGUCGUGCCGGCCGGGAACGGCGGCACCACCACCAUCGGUGCCAACGCGGGGGCCACCUUGCCCACGGCCAGCGCCACGAGCGUCUGCUCCAGCCUGAGUAGUGUUGCCUGCCACUCGAUCCAGGGCUCCUACUGCGAGGCUGGCUCGACGGCCGGGUUCACCGUGGGCAGUGCCAACGCGGCGCCGACGCAUAUGCCUUGUAUGGGCGUCGUGGCUGGAGUUGCGGCCGGUGUUGGGUUUGGCAUCAUGGGCAUGUGA